GAGCUGACACAUCCGUUCGACUUGCGCGUGUCGGUCAAGGCGACCUCUGACAAAAUUACGUAAUUCUAUCACAAAAUCCAGUAAUUCUUGGGUGUGUUCGGAAAAACAAAUCCAAUCUGACAGUCCGCGCGUAACAACUCCCUUACCCGUAGUUGUUAAACCCCUCUCGUUAAACAUUCAGUGACUUGCUUUAAUACAUCGCCAUGAAUUAUAAGCUCAAAGUCACAAUUCCGAUCGUGGUUUGCGGCGGCGCUGUGUUAGCAUAUUACCUCAUCAGGCGAAAAGCCGCAGCAAUGGUGGACGCAGCAACCCUCGAGAAAUUGGAGGCUGGCUUCAACAAGCUCCAGGCCUCUGACUCCAAGUCGCUGCUGAAGAAGUACCUCACCAAGGAGGUGUUUGACGCUCUUAAGACCAAGAAGACCUCCUUCGGCUCUACUCUGCUGGAUUGCAUCCAGUCUGGUGUGGAGAACUUGGACUCUGGUGUCGGAAUCUACGCCCCUGAUGCGGAGGCGUACACCGUCUUCGCCGACCUCUUCGACCCCAUCAUCGAGGACUACCAUAAUGGCUUCAAGAAGACCGACAAGCACCCGCCCAAGAACUGGGGUGAUGUCGAGACCCUUGGCAACCUGGACCCCGCUGGCGAAUUCGUCAUCUCCACCCGCGUGCGUUGCGGCCGCUCCAUGGAGGGCUACCCCUUCAACCCCUGCCUGACCGAGGCUCAAUACAAAGAGAUGGAGGAGAAGGUCUCCUCUACCCUCUCCGGCCUCGAGGGUGAGCUUAAGGGUACCUUCUACCCUCUCACUGGCAUGUCCAAGGAGGUCCAGCAGAAGCUGAUCGACGACCACUUCCUCUUCAAGGAGGGUGACCGUUUCCUCCAGGCUGCUAACGCCUGCCGCUUCUGGCCCACCGGCCGCGGCAUUUACCACAACGAGAACAAGACCUUCCUGGUAUGGUGCAAUGAGGAGGACCAUCUCCGCCUCAUCUCCAUGCAGAUGGGUGGUGAUCUGAAGCAGGUGUUCAAGAGGUUGGUGACCGCCGUCAACGACAUCGAGAAGAGGAUCCCGUUCUCGCACAACGACCGCCUCGGUUUCCUGACAUUCUGCCCCACCAACCUGGGAACCACGGUGCGCGCAUCCGUGCACAUCAAGCUGCCCAAGCUGGCGGCCGACAAGGCUAAGCUGGAGGAGGUGGCGGGCAAGUACCACUUGCAGGUCCGCGGCACCCGCGGCGAGCACACUGAAGCCGAGGGUGGCGUCUACGACAUCUCCAACAAGAGGCGCAUGGGACUCACCGAGUACGACGCCGUCAAGGAGAUGUACGAUGGCAUCGCUGAACUGAUCAAAAUCGAGAAGUCCCUGUAAGCUACCGAUCUCGCUAUCAGUAUUUUUUGUAUUAUUUAUCGUUUUCGCGUAAGUAUUGGAUGUUGGUUGUGCUGGCGGCACCGGGCUGCGGCGAGCGCGGCUCUAGUCAGUGACGCCCACUAUACUGUUUCGUAAAAGUAUUUUCUAUAAGGAAAUGGAAAAUAAAGACAGCUAGCGUUAAGACCA